AUGGCAUUUGAGCGGCGUUCAUCAUCGCAUCGGGUCAUUGCGACCGUGGGCGCUAUUGUCUACGGCACCGGCGUUGUCUAUGCGGUCCGCGUGCCUCUUUACUUGGAACUGCCUCGCAGCUCGGUUACUAAUUCGAAGCGGCGGAUUCGCGGGCGGUCCACCGCCGCCUACUCCGCGCGGCCGUCAGUCCGGGUAGGCCCACCGAUGAGGGUGCACGCGUGUCGCUCACCGGCCGCCAAGACGAUCACGCGCCCGCGAGUGUGCGAUUCGAAAAAGAAAAAGUUCGAUAUU